UAUAAAUAAUAUAUAUAUAUAAAAAAAACAAACAUUUAUAUGCUUAUAUUUCUAUACAAAGCGCAUAUACAACAAUUAAAAACAAAAAAACAAAAUAAAAAUUAAAAAUUAAAAAUUAAUUAAUUAAAAGCAGUCCAACAAAUGCAACGCGUAGGCCUUCAACUGUGAUUUACAACAUAAAACAACAACCAAGUUAAACAAAGUUCUAUAUAAAAAGCAACAACAAAUUGAACAACAAUUUAUCGUGCUAUUAUUUUGUUUGCUAUAUUUUUGUUUCGUUUUUUUGUGCAAUUAUCUUUUUUACAAUUUUUGCUUGCAAUUGAAAUUGAAAUUCGCACAUAAAAAGUGCAAUUAGCAUUAACGACUUUCCACUAAGAAGGAGGAGAAAAGUUGCAACUUCAACAUGUUCAACUCAAACAUACCGGCAACGGCGCUGCUCAGCAUCGAGGGCAGCGGCUGCCUUGGUGCACAUACUCCGAAAACUCCAGAGAUUCUCAAUUCGGUGAUCGCCAUGACAAAUCCAUUGGACAAUUUCAAUUUCAAUGCCUCAAACAGUUGCAGCGCCGCCUCCACGCCGCUCGUUACCAUACGUAAUUUCUCUGGCAAUCCCAAUGGACAGUCACACUCCCAGGACAGCAGUCAUUCCAGUUGCUCGGCAUCGCCCCUCGAUUCGCCAGCGGGCACAGCGACCACGCCCAGUGUGCAACAGACCUGUUCGCAGCUGAUCAAAGCCGGCCUCAAGCUGUCCAUACAGAGCAAACGCAAGUUGUCCACCUGCGACUCGAGUUCUGGCUCCGAGCAGCCAAACUCGAAGUGUUCGCGCCGUGACGAGGAUUGCGAGGAGUCCAGUGAUGAGGACAGCGAAACGAAGUCAACACCCAAGGGCCUAACACCCGAGGAUGAGGAUCGUCGGCGUCGACGACGUGAACGCAACAAAAUUGCUGCGACCAAAUGUCGCAUGAAGAAGCGUGAGCGCACACAGAAUUUGAUAAAGGAGUCCGAGGUGCUGGACACACAAAAUGUCGAGUUGAAGAAUCAGGUGCGCACACUGGAAACGGAUCGGCGGCGUCUCUUAGAGAUGUUGCAAGGACAUGGGCCUCGUUGCGUCAAACGUGGCGGCUGUCAGUUGCCGUCGAAGUUGCUGCAAUCGCCGGCAUUCAAGUAUCUGGCCGAAUUGGAGCUGGAUGGCCUAGUCAACAGUGAGGCGAGCAGUGCUGCCAAUACGCCCACACAGCAGCAGCAACAACAGCAGCAGCAGCAACAGCAACAGCAGCAGCAGCAACAUCAACAGCAGCAGCAACAUCAACAGCAGCAACAUAUGCAGAGCAUACCAUCCAUGUCAACGUUCAAGUUUGGCGCCAAGGCGCCAGCGGUAAUGGCAGCAGCUGUGGCAGCAGCACAGGCGCAACACCAACAAUUGCAGCAGCAGCAGCAACAAUUGCCCAACGGUUAUUGCAAACCAUCGCCAAGUCCACAAGAGUUUGAGCAUGCUGGCUAUCUGAGUUCGCCCACACAAGAGGCGCUCUGUCUGCCACAGCAACUGCCACAGCAGCAACAGUCGACAAUGAAUCCCGCCAGCAACAACCACAAUGCCGACAGCAAUGGCACUUUGGUGGUCAGCCAACAGGUGUCCGACUAUGUGCCCAAUUGUGAGGGUCUUAGUCUGGGCCUGGUUGCCAUCUCCACGCCCACCACCAACACCAACAACAACAGCAACAACAACAACUGUAGCAGCAACAACAACAACAACAGCUGUACCAGUAACAACAACCACAACAGCAGCAACAACAGCAACAACAAUAAUAGCCUCAACAACAACCUCAACACAGCAACAACUGUUAUACCGCCUCCAGCGACCACGCCCACCAGCGCCAUCGAGUUUGUUAAGAACGAGCUGGUCGACUCACAGAGUCCCUACACCACAGCAUUGAGUGCCGAGCGCUUUCUGUUCGAGCCAAGCGAGGGAUUCCCCGAUAUUAAGCAUGCUGUCAGCGUGCAUCCGAGCAGCCUCAACAAUAUGACCAGUGUGGCAAGUCUGGCGGUGCAUAACAACAACAAUCAUUUGAUGGACUUUCAUAAUGGUUUGCCGCAUGGCGGUGUUGGUGUCGGUGUUGGCAUCAUGACACCCUGUUACGAGGAGGAGCAACUGUUGCUCAUGAAAAACAGUUGCUACACAAACGAUCUGCUUUCCCAACUCGCCGAUGAUGCGGCCGAUGAUCUUGUUGCUGAGAUUUCGAUCAACAACAGCAGCAGCAGCAACAGCAACAACAACAGCAACAACAGCAACAGCAACACGAACAGCAGCAACAACAGAGCGAGAGACAACAGGAGGAGGAUGAUACUAACUGGGCUAAUGUCGACUAUUGGUGCUAGGUGUGAGUGUAAAUGUGUGUGUGUGUGUGAGUGUGUGUGUGAGAUUGAUACACCCCAGCUGCACUGCGCCCAUGCCACGCCCAGCUAUCGUCAGUCUAGUUAUGUAAGCAAACUGUACGCUCCCCUAACCACUGUCACCCUCAUCUCUAGCCCCCUCCCCCCACUCUCCACUCAUCAGCACACACAGCAAAGCAAAUAUCCAAGUUCUUCCAACAACAACAGCAGCCCCUCUUCCCCUCUACGCCCCUGGCUCGAAUAUAACACAAACAAAAACUCAUAUAUUUGCCUGUUCCAACAACAUCGAAUUGCUCGAUAGUCUGUGGUCGUGUGUGUGCGUGUGUGUGUGUGUGUAUGUGUGUGUGUGUGUGUGUGUGUGUGUGUCUCUGUGGCUUGACUACCUCAUCAAAAGAAAAACAAAAAAAAAGAAACAGCAACAGAAAAGUUGAAAAUUUAAUGCACUUUGUUCUAUAAUUUUUAAUUAAUUAAUUAAUUAUAAAUAUAUAAUUUUUUUUUUAAUCUUUUUUUUUGACUAAUCUAUAGAUAUAUAAAGCACCUGUACAUAACCUUAAAUUUGAUAUAUAUAUGUAUACUUAUAAACCAUAUACUAUAUAUAAAAAUAUAUUUAAAAUGUAUCUAUGUAAAUGUAUCUUUAUCUAUAUAUAUUUUAUGUGUAUCUAUAACAUUCCAAUUUGUUGGCAGUCACAGCCGCAUCAGUAAUUAUUAAUUUUAAUUUCGUUACAAUACCCCCCACCACCACCACCCCCUUAAACACAACCCCCUCUACGUCCCUGCUAAACUUAAAUUCAAUUUGUGCGAGAUUAUGCAAAGUUAAACAAUAAAGCAAAAAGAAAACUAAAAAAAAAACAUUACAAGAAAGAAAAUUAAUAAUAUUAAUUAUAAUAUGAAUUAAGCUUAAAAACCAUGCGAUAUGAUGACGUUUGAUAUUUUUUUUCUAAACUUAAAAGUCAGUGAUAAAAAUUAUUAUAAAAACAAAAAAGAAGAGAAUGAAACAACUUAACACUAUGCGUAAUAUUUAUAUGUCUAUUUUUUUCAUAUAGAUGUGACUUUAAAAUACAAAAUGAAGAAACAUUGUAAGCUGUUGCCU